AAUAUUACAGUUCUAACAGUAAAGAAUCCAUAUUGGUAUAAGCACACCUCUUUAGACUAUCAUAUCAUUGGCUGGGAAAGCUGUCAGACCUGAUAAACAAGCACUUUCAGUUGUGUUUGAUUUUUGAAAAGCGGAGCACAUAAAAUUCCAACCAGCCCGUGCCGGAUUUCACUUGGUCGCAGGUGUUUUAGUCACUUUCUUCAGCGGAGAGUAAGAGUUUCAGUUUGCUGCACACACUGUACUGCUGAGCUCCAUCUGGGAAGACAAUAUGGCUUUGCAACUUGUUGGUCUGGUGUUGGGAGGCAUUGGCUUGAUAGGAACUUGUGCUGUCACCGGCAUGCCCCAAUGGAGAGUGACUGCCUUCAUUGAUAACAACAUUGUGGUGUUUGAGGCACAGUGGGAAGGAUUGUGGAUGAACUGUGUCAGGCAAGCCAACAUCAGGAUGCAGUGCAAGGUAUAUGAUUCACUGUUGGCACUGACACCUGACUUGCAGGCUGGCAGAGCACUGAUGUGCGUGGCUGUCUGCUUGACAUUCCUUUCUUUCAUGAUCGCCAUCAUUGGCAUGAAAUGCACCGUGUGUGUUGGAGAUAAUGCAAGAACAAAAGGGAUUAUACUUCUGGUAGCUGGCAUAACAUUCAUCCUUUCUGGGAUUGUGGUUCUGAUUCCAGUAUCCUGGACUGGUAAUCAGAUAAUCAGGGACUUCUACAAUCCUCUUGUUCUUUCAUCGCAGAAGAGAGAGCUGGGUGAUGCUCUGUACAUUGGCUGGACCACAGCAUUGGUACUUAUUGCUGGAGGGCUAAUUCUUUGCUGUACAUUCCGGAGCGGUGAAAAAGAAGUCAGAUACAGCCUGCCUCCUAAAUCGGUAACCAGUGCUCCACCGCCUAAGUCAGCAAUCAGUGUUCCAAUACGGAAGCCAUCAAGCCUCUACUCCAAAAGCCAAUAUGUGUAGGAAGGACUACCUAGAGCUGGAGAUCCCCUGUAGACAAAGUAGGACUUGCAAAGGACUGACUUUCUUUGGACUACAUAAUGGGAGAGUAAGAGUGAACCAUUUGAGAAUGUGUACAGUGGUCUUAACACAGGACUUGUGGUUUUGGGGAACAAAUACCAAGAAUCAUGAGCUUAUGGACAUUUGCAGCUAACAGGAAAAAGGAUUUUUUGUUUUUUUUUCUGCACCAGAAUAUUUCCUUUCAACUGCCAUGCAAACUGAAGACAAAGUGACUUUAACUCAACUCUUGAUCUUCGGUACAAUUGUAAGCUCUGAGGGUAACCUACAAAAUGAAGCCAUCCCAUGGGAAUGGCCGUUGAACAUCUGCGGUAGGGCAGGGCCCAAGCAGGUUUUCUGUAUGUGCAUUGUAAGGUAGCGUGAAUUCUUAUAACACUCAUUAUGCAAUUUAAUAAUUAGCACUGCAGGGCACCCAUUCCUGCAGCUGCCAAUGUUCCCUAUUUAUAGCGUUUACUUUACACUUUUACUGUUUUCCCUGAAAUGAAUUGUUAGGAGCUUAUCAUUUUUCCUUCAAAUUAUACUUUAAAAUGAUUUUCUGAGCAUUAGCUAAGCCAGCCUUUCUAUAAUUUUGUAGAUUUUUGUAGAAGUAAAGAGUGAUAAUGGUCUAAAUUUUUAUUUCAACCCAAAACAUCAGAGGAACACCAGGCCAAACCUUAGUGCUGCCUUUUGGUGACUUUGAAUAAAAGACUUUUGUUGCCCCUUUGCCCAUCCCAGCCGUAGACUUGCCAUCCCCAAACCAUUGAGUUCCCAGGGUAAAAAAAAAAUCACACAGUUUUAUUAGUAGGUGCUCUUGUGACUUGAAGGCAAUAUUAUGAACGGCAUAGUGGGGAGUUAUUUUCAAUUUCCUAUAUAUUUUUUUUUAUAAUUGUAUAUAAAAAUGCAUUAGUAUAUACAGGCAGGGGCAUUACUGCUGUUUAGAUUAUUAUUGUAACACAGGCACACAAUAUACAAUUUACUAUUGUAUUAUAAUAUAAUGCAAACACUUAUAAUUGGUUAAUAACAAUAAGUCUUCAGGUUCCAGGAUACAUUGGAUUCAAACUCUGUCUGCAGUGAAUUAGGCUGUAGCAAAUGCUUUAUAUUGGAAACUACCCAAGACUUAUAACCAUUCCUAUUUAACGGAGCCCUCGGGUGUUGCUGUAUACAAUGCUGUUUUGAAAUAUCUAUACAUCCAGUUAAGCUAAAUAGUCAGUCUUCCUAUAUUAAUGUAAAUGUGUUGAAACUGUAUAAAUAAAGAAUAAUAAAUAAUAAAAACCCUUAUAACCUCA